AUGAAUCAAUAUCAAUAUGCAUUUUUAAGUCGUACAAGUAUCUGUUGUUUAUUAGCCCCAAUUCUAGCCGAUAUCUGUUCAAUUGGUAAUUCAUAUGAUUAUUUUACAACUGCAUUAAAUAUGAAAAUAUUUUAUAAUAAUUCAUAUUUAUCAAAAAAGCAAAAUUAUACCAAAAUAGAUGAUGAUAUGAAUGAUGGUUUAAUUUGUGCAAUCUCUUCUUAUUUAAUCUAUUUAUCUGCAUUACCUCUAUCAGGGCAAGGUCAAUCUGAUAUUAGUAAUAUUUUAUCAUUUAUUGAAAAAUUUUUAAAAUAUUUCCUACAGCAUGUAUCAUGGCGUACACGUGCGAUAGGAUUAUUAUUGUUAAGAAAUCUUGUAGUAUUCAAUUUAGCAGCAUUUCAUGCUCCUGAAUGCAAUUUAUCAACAGAGAAUACUACUACUACUACUACGACUACUUUUACAGCCUUGGAUAAUUCUGUGAAUAAACGGUUGAGAAGUAUUUUAUGGAAGUGUCUAAAUGAUUCUUUGAUUGAAGUUAGUCAAGUUGCUAUGUUUGUCCUGGCUAUAUUUAUUGAAGUUGGUGUGAUUAAGUAUGAUAAGAAAUGGAUUACUCAACUGAUGAGACAAAUCAAUCGACCCCUUCCAAAUCAAUCAGUUAUGCAUAUCAACCAUAGCAAUGGUAGUACCAAUACUCUACUAACUAAUUUUUCAGACAAUAAUAAUCAUAAUGAAUACUCCAUUGCUUUAUGUGAUCGUUAUGCAUCCAUUUUAGCUUUAUGCUCAUUUGUUCAUGGAAAUCCACACCAAACUCCUGAUUACUUACCGUCAAUUAUUUCAGAACUUGCUGAUCAUUUACAUGAUUCACAAUCAAUUAAAAAAGUUAUUUCGUCAACUUUAUCAUCUUAUUCACGUACUCAUCAAGAGGUAUGGCAUGAACAGUCAUUGAAAUUUACACCAGAACAAUUAGAUAAUUAUAGAUUUGUUAUUUCAGAUGCUUCUUAUUAUGUUUGAUUGUAAAAUGAUUGCAAAAAAGUUACAGUGUAUGUUGAUCAGUAGUGAAGCAGGUAUAUUUGUAUUGUGGAGUAAAAUUUUGUCAUUUAUUUUCAUUAUUAUUUCUCUAGUUUAAAUGUAGAACACUGAUAUUAUGUAAAGGGUUUGUACAAAAUAUGUACAACAUUGAUUCUUCUAUCUUUAACUCUACUCUCACUGACUGUAAUUUUUUAUGUAUGAUUUGAUUGUAUCAAUGACGUCUG